AUGGCCCAGCAGUCAGUAUUGCCUGGCUCAAGCUCCCUGGUCUACGAACCUGAGCUUGGCGACCACAAACAACCCAACAUCCUGCCGCUUGUUUCCGACCUGAUGUCUAUGGAAUCCCCCCAGUCUUCCCCCGACCGAGUCGCUUCCAGCGGGCUGGAAAAUCUCAAGGUGCCCCCAGCUUUGCAGAGGAAUGAUUCUCGUGAUACCGAUAUAUUCCAGAUAUUCCCCAUGGACGUUGACAACAACCCCUCAGUCAUGACAUACAAUACAAAGGACAUAGGGAUUGAGCCUGAAAUUCAACGUAGCUCAUCAAUCUCAAUCCCCGGGUCUACAAAGGAGAAUGAACUAUGCGAUCUCGAAAGCCGAUCAUCUCCGACCAAAUUGACUUUGAACGAGCCCACCGUGAGCGCGAUACAUGACGUCCUUACUGAACCGAGUCGUACGGAAAGUCUCGAUCGCGAGCUCUCUCAGAAGCCCCCCAAGCCACCAAAGCCGGCUUCCCUCUCUGAGUUCGAAGUCCCUACUUUCACUGUAUCCGAACAUGUUCACUCAUCCGUGGCUGAUCCCGGAACGACGCGCCAGAAAAGGAAGUCCCUUGGCACCGAUCCUCAGAUGCUAGCACCGCGGCAGGGUAUAAGGGCUCCUUUGCGUCUUUUCAACCUAUCGAUGGGACGAUAUCAGGGACAUGACUCAAUAACGCGAAUAAAGAAACCCUGGACUAAUCAGAGUUCCCCAUCAUCGCAUGCCCUUCCGCGUCUAAUAAUACCAUGUCCAGAGACGACAACCUACGUUGUGAAAGAGAGCCCGAAAGUGCCAUUGCCGGCACCGUGUCCGAUUGUCGAUGAGACACUCUUCCGUCACAACCUCGGAUUACCAGACAGCGCAGCAAGUAACAAUAUCCGGCUCCCUGCCUUUGACGGCCACCGUCAAACCCUGCCACAUGGACGGCGUUCAAUCGGUGAUUUGCUGGAGACGUACAUCCGCAAGCCUUUCCGAGCGAUCUGGCUACCAACCAAGGAAAACGAUUGUGCUAUUGUCAGCUUGUUAAUUGGGCAGCGAUCUGAGCGGCACUUGCUAUCUCAAUCAAUGUCAUGCUCGUUCCAUGUGCACGUCACUUGGCCGAUUGCGCAGACCUAUGCUAAGAGCCGCGACGGUCUAAAAGAUAUUUUCGUUUCUCCGUACAGGUCCACGGCACAUCUUGUUAGGGUUGACGUCAUUGUUCCACUUCUAUUUCUGCGGAUUGUGUCUUUCCUCAAUGCCGCUUUCCUCCAGAUCAUAGGCUCUGCAGCCCCAUGUGCAGUGAUUGGAUUGCUCCACCUCCUUCUGCAUUUCACUGCAGUAUCUCUUACUUUUCUCUUGGAAAAGAUUGGUGUCAAUGUAAUCAUUCAGAGCUGACCGC